AUGGCCGAACUGCUCCCUAUCCCCGACAUAAUCUACGGAACGGCCUUCAAAUUCGACAACAGCGCGAAGCUCGUCGAAGCGGCACUGAAAGCCGGAUUCCGGGGGAUCGAUACCGCAGGAAGCAACACUGCGUAUCGGGAGAACCUUGUCGGCGAUGGAAUUGCAGCGGCUAUUGCUUCUGGUGACUUGAAGCGUGAGGAUUUAUACAUCCAAACCAAAUUCAGCCCUUUCAAAGAAGGAAAGGAUCCCGCACUAUACCCCUAUGAUAUAACGGCGGGUAUACCGGAACAAGUAGAGCAGUCCGUGAGUUCGUCACUACGGAACCUACGCACCAGCUACAUCGACUGUCUGAUAUUGCAUUCGCUGUACCCGAACAUCGAGGAUUCCAUAACUGCGUGGAGAGCGAUGGAAGGCUUCGUGUCAGCGGGAACAGUGCGAUCUCUGGGGCUUUCCAACACGGACGCCGAGUCGCUACGACAAAUCUACGAGUCGGCCACAGUCAAGCCGCGCGUUGUCCAGAACCGGUUCACGGAGGACACGGCGGCAGCUCCGAAUCCGAAGAUGCCUGCUAAUCUGCCCUAUCCGCAGGUGGCGUUUGAUCGGGAUGUGCGUGAGGUGUGUGAAGGCUGGGGAAUUGUUUAUACACCGUGGGGGCUGCUGUGGGGAAAUCCGAGCCUUCUCGAUGAUCCCGAGUUGUUUGAGAAGAUUGGGAGGGAAAUUGGGGUUUCGAAACAGGUGGCUUGUUUUGCAAGCAUGUUGAGAUUGAGCAAAGGGUGCAAGAUCAAGAUCCUGUGCGGGACGACCAAGGAGGAGAGAAUGUAUGAGACGCUGGAUGGGUUGAGGAGGGUCGGUGAGUUCCUGGCUGAGGGUGACGCACAGCGAGCCGCGUUUGACGAGGCUGUGGAGCGAGUUGAACGGGUGAUUCUAUAA